AUGCCUUGUGGAAAUGGACAGACUUUAUCCAAGCGAAAACAUGGCGUCUGCCUCCCGAGGUUUAGUUUCUUUUCCAGUCUGCUUGUGGCGCUCUGCUGCUUGGAAGUAUGGGGCUCCGCGGCGCAGGCGGACGGCGGCAAGAGCUGCAGUCCCUGUCCCGUUAACUGCAGCUGUCCACUGGGGCCCCAGCAGUCCUGCGUCGUCAACUGCUCCAACAUCGGGUUGGAAAGGGCCCCUGCGGCGGAAGAGAUCCCGCUGGCCACCAAUGUGUUUGAUUUGAGCAACAACCAAAUCACCACCAUUGAAGAAAGGAUAUGUGACGACCUAUGUAAUCUAACUCAGAUUGAUCUAAGCAGUAACCCCUUCGAGUGUGACUGUAAGCUGUUCCGAUUUGUCAGCUGUCUCCAGCAAAAAGGGGUGCAAGUUCGACGCUCAAAUGAAUUGCGCUGCAGCCACCCCCUUGACCUCCAAGAUCAGCCUUUACUCAAUGUCAGACUGCCCACCUGUGAUAUGAAAACAAAUACAGGUCUGUAUGCUGCGUGCCUUGAGGAUAGCAACAGCGGAGGACUGGGACGAAGUGAACUUGUCAUCUUCUCCUACUCCACGUUCCGAAACUUGACACGGGAACAGUGUCACAGUGUGUGUUUCAAUGAAUCGCAUCGGUAUGGGGGCUUAGGAGAGAAGCACGAAUGCCUCUGCAGCAAAAACUCGGACCCCAACUAUAUCAGCACGUCUCAGUGUUCUGCUGCCUGUACGAACCCCGAUGUGAUGAAGAAAUGUGGGUGGGCUCUGGCUCGCGAAGUCUUUGUGGUGGAGUUCUCGGUCUCGCUGACUCCUCUCCAGCCGCAAAGCGUUCACAACCACGUCACUUUCACCGCCAACUCCUCUGUCACACCUGUGACGCUGUCCUGGGACUUUGGUGACCUUUCACCCCGUGCCAACACCACAGGAACCGUUAGCACCACAUCAGCUCACAAAUACGGACUUCCAGGAUCUUAUACAGUCAGUCUGACGGCCUUGGCGGGACAUAAGAAGGUGUCUGCACGUGGGGAGGUGACUAUAAUGCUUCCUCCCAAACUCGAGCUGCAUUGUCCACCUCUUGUUGUGGCCAAUAGGAGUCUGGAGCUCACACUUGUCAGCUGGGGCUCAGUUGGCUUGAACGUAGACUGGAAGAUUACGAAAGAUGAUGUCCAAAUUGCCAAAGCCUCUCCUUUCUGUCCAGUAGAUGCGAUGCACGAUCACGAGUCCUCAAGCUGUUUCCAGAUCUUUCCAGGAGAGCUGAGCUGGACUGAUGCUCGAAAACAGUGUUUGAACCGCGGUGGGGAUCUGGCAAUAGUCAGGAGUGACAAGCUGCGUAACCUGCUGGCAACCAAAGUCACACAGUGA